CUCAGAGGACCCCACCCCAGGGCGCGUGUCCCGCAGUGGGCAGGCCUCUGCCGCUCCCCUCACUCCCACCCAGGCAGCCCCGCUAGGUGGGUCUGGGAAUCCGAGGCGCCUGGCGCACGGCCCCGGCGCAGACAGCGGGGGCAGACCAGGUGCGCCAGGACCCGAGAGGAGGGACACUUGCCAGCGCCGAAGUGCCACCUGUCCCCUAUCCGUGGGAGGGAAAUCCAGGCUGGGUCUCCGCGUGGGCGCGGUCCGAAUGCGUGCGCCCCCACGCCCUGCGCUGGGCCCCCGCGGGGGCGAUCUCUGGCGGGCUUUUCCCACGUGGGCGGAGCGGGGAGAGGCCAGUAUUGGGUCAACUCUUGGUCUCUGCGACUGAGCCGGGGGAAGAGGAGGUGAGGAAGCUCUCCGCCUCCUGGUUUGGAGUAAAAGUCGCCGCGGCUCUGUAGUCAUCGACUUUCUCCGGGGACACAGCGAAGGCCGCGGAACUGUGUACUGUCCUCCCUCCCCUCCCCGCGGCCCCCGCCACCCAGCCCGCGCUCUCCCCUCCCGGAGUCCCGCCCCCUGCACACGCUGACCCAGGGACACACCCUACUGCAGCGACGCAGACAGGGCGUUGUUCCCGUUAAAGGGGAACGCCGGGAGCCUCCCUCCGGCCCCUUGCUUCGCGCGCGCAGCCCAGCAGCGCAGCUGUCUUUGCGGACGCCAGCAGCCCCGCGGGCCCGCCGAGUUUGUGCCUAAGGCCACCCUGAGGACCUCUGAGGACCGGGGACAGCUAUCCCUUUGGGCUGCAGAAACUCCGCUGAGCAGAACUUGCCAGGAUGCUUCUCCUGUUGCUCGGGAUCAUCGUCCUCCACGUCGCGGUGCUGGUGCUGCUGUUCGUCUCCACGAUCGUCAGCCAAUGGAUGGUGGGCAAUGGACAUGCUACUGACCUCUGGCAAAACUGCACCACCUCCCCGUCGGGCAACGUGCAGCACUGCUUCAUGUCGUCAGCAAACGAAUGGCUGCAGUCCGUCCAGGCCACCAUGAUUCUGUCGGUCAUCUUCAGCGUUCUGUCUCUGUUCCUGUUCUUCUGCCAGCUCUUCACCCUCACCAAGGGGGGCCGGUUUUACAUCACCGGGGUCUUCCAGAUCCUGGCUGGUCUGUGCGUGAUGAGCGCAGCGUCCAUCUACACGGUCAGGCACCUGGACUGGCAUUACGGCUCGGAGAACUCCUACGGCUUCGCCUACAUCCUGGCCUGGGUGGCCUUCCCGCUGGCGCUCCUCAGCGGCGUCGUCUACGUGAUCUUGCGGAAGCGGGAGUGAGGCGCCGGGAGGGGACGUCCGGGGCUCUGAGCGCGCGCGGGGAGGGAGGAAGCAAACCGGGAGCCGGGAGCAACCAAAGAGCCGCCCAAACACCCAACGCCAACCAAACCAAACAGAAAGCAGCGGGGGGGUCGUGAGUGUUGACUGAAGAUGUAUAUAAUAUUGACGGUUUAUAAAACCUAUUUAUAACACUUUUUACAUAUAUGUACAUAGUAUUGUUCGCUUUACGUGUUGACCAUCAGCCUUAGGUUGAACCUUAAAGAAAUAGCUAAGGAACUUGACAUCCUAACUCUAUAAUCGAGCUCAGAUUUUUGUUGUGUCGUGGUUUUCGUUCUUUGGUUGGUUUUGCCCAGAAAUACAAGAAGUCCAUCUCACCCCUUCCCGUUCAUCUAAGAGAUACCUCCCUCCCACGCCACCUCAUUUAGGACCCCCAAGUGUGGGGAGAAACCCCGCAUGGCCCAAAGCCCUUUCCCUGUGGGUGACCCGCGUGUGACACACGGACACGCACUGCCCACGCCUCUGGGCACAGCCUUACCUGCACUCGGACAAAACCCCCGAACUGGAGCCCUCGGAGAAUCACGGCUCGUGGCUUUGGAACGCUCGCCCUUGAGGGCGGGGUCCCCCAGUCACGCCUCUAGAUGAGAAUUCGGUGACAACAACCUACGAAGUGGUGCUAUUAUUGACCAUUCCUUAUGAUCACUAAUCAUCUAAACUUCUCACUGGAAAGUCAAUUAACAAUUUGACGACAGAAAGUCAAACGGAGACCUGAAUAAUUCUGUGUAAUAUAAAUGGUUUAUAACUGCUUUCGUGCCUAGCUAGGCUGCUAUGAUUACCAUAGUAAAUAAACAAUAAGCCCCAGCCUCUAUCAUCCCAACAUGAUCCGCAUGGUUGGAGCAUCAGGACAAGCCUCUAGACCCCCUGGGACGGUGGGUUCCAGGCGCAGCAGGGUCUAGGCUGUCCUCCGUCUCCAAGGACUGUCUGGCAAUGACUCGUACUGGCCACCAACUGUACAUGUAUAUAUGGUGCCCUUCUGAUGCUAAGACUCCAGACCCUUCUCUUGCUUUUUUCCUUUUUGCUUCGCUUUUUUUCUGAUUUUAUACCAACUGUGUGGACUAAGGUGCAUUAAAAUAAACAUCAGAGUAACUCA